AUGUCGUUCCUCGACAAUGCCUACAGCUUGGUCAAGGAUAGUGCCACCGAGGGCACGCCGACCUUGACAGAGCUGCGAACCCAGCUCGAGAAGGGCACGGACGAAACAAAGGUCGAGACCAUGAAGCGCAUACUCACCAUCAUGCUCAACGGAGACCCCAUGCCCCAAUUGCUCAUGCACAUUAUUCGAUUCGUCAUGCCCUCCAAAUCCAAGCCACUUAAAAAGCUUCUCUACUUUUACUACGAGAUAUGCCCCAAGCUCGACGCCCAGGGGAAGUUGAAGCAAGAAUUCAUCCUAGUAUGUAACGGCAUCCGGAACGACUUGCAACAUCCGAACGAGUACAUUCGAGGAAAUACGCUGCGCUUCCUCUGCAAGCUCAGGGAACCUGAACUGCUGGAGCCUCUCCUCUCCUCGGCGCGCGCUUGCCUCGAACACCGCCAUGCCUACGUACGGAAGAACGCUGUUUUCGCCGUGGCCUCCAUCUACCAACACUCGCCCUCCCUCAUUCCCGAUGCCGCCGAGUUGAUUGCUACAUUCUUAGAAGGCGAGAGUGACCCGACGUGCAAGAGGAACGGGUUUGCCGCACUAUCCAGUAUUAGCCACGACAAGGCGCUAGCAUACCUGAGCACGGUCUUCGACGGCAUUCCGAAUGCAGAGGAGCUCCUCCAGCUGGUCGAGCUUGAGUUCAUUCGGAAAGAUGCCGUACAGAACUCCCAGAACAAGGCACGUUACCUGCGUCUCAUCUUCGAUCUUCUCGAGGCGAACACCUCUACAGUAGUCUACGAGGCAGCUUCCUCGCUAACGGCGCUCACCAACAACCCUGUUGCCGUCAAAGCUGCUGCUGGCAAGUUCAUAGAGUUGGCGAUCAAGGAGGCCGAUAACAACGUUAAGCUUAUUGUGCUGGAUCGGGUAGACCAACUCCGCAAGAGAAAUGAGGGCAUUCUGGACGACCUAAUUAUGGAGAUCCUACGUGUUCUUUCGAGCACCGACAUCGAUGUGCGGAAGAAAGCAUUGGAUAUUGCGCUGGAGAUGGUAUCAAGCAAGAACGUCGAGGAGGUUGUACUCCUUCUGAAGAAGGAGCUGUCCAAGACUGUCGACCAAGAAUAUGAGAAGAACAGCGAAUAUCGCCAGUUGCUCAUCCAUUCCAUCCACCAGUGCGCGGUCAAAUUCUCCGAGGUAGCCGCCAGCGUUGUCGAGCUUCUUAUGGACUUCAUCGCCGAUUUCAACAACACCUCCGCUGUUGAUGUUAUCAACUUUGUCAAGGAGGUUGUCGAGAAGUUCCCAGCCUUACGGCCAGCGAUUGCGCGGAGGCUGGUUGACACCCUCAGGGAGGUUCGUGCAGGCAAGGUAUACCGGGGAAUUCUCUGGAUCAUUGGUGAAUACUCUCUGGACGAGAAGGAUAUCCGGGAUGCCUGGAAGGGUAUUCGGGCCAGCCUUGGCGAGAUUCCGAUCCUGGCCUCGGAACAGCGGUUGUUGGACAAUAUGGAUGACGAGGAGAACAAGGAACAGGAGCAAGUUAAUGGGCAUUCUAAGCCUGCGUCAGGGGGCUCGAGAAAGGUUCUCCCCGAUGGGACAUAUGCUACAGAGACAGCUCUCACCAGCCAGUCUGCUGCUGCUGCCAAGUUGGAGGCCGUGAAGUCUUCUCAGAAGCCGCCCCUGAGACAAUUAAUCUUGGAUGGCGAUUACUAUUUAGCGACUGUCCUCUCUGCCACCCUUACCAAGCUCGUCAUGCGCCACUCCGAGAUCUCAUCAGAGACGGCUCGCACAAACGCUCUGCGGGCCGAAGCCAUGCUCAUCAUGAUCUCCAUCAUCCGAGUUGGUCAGUCCCAAUUUGUCAAGGCGCCGAUUGACGAGGACUCUGUGGACCGUAUCAUGAGCUGCGUGCGGUCCCUAGCCGAUUUCCAGGAGCACAAGGAGCUGGAGACGGUGUAUCUUGAGGAUACAAGGAAGGCGUUCCGGGCCAUGGUCCAGGUGGAGGAAAAGAAGCGUGCGGCCAAGGAGGCAUUCGAAAAAGCAAAGACUGCCGUCCAGGUUGAUGAUGUUGUCUCAAUCCGCCAGCUGUCCAAGAAGAACGGUGUUGAUGGCGCCGAUUCCAUCGAGCUCGACCUCGAGCGGGCAACCGGUGGCGACAGCAGCGCGGCUGAGGAUCUAUCUGGCAAGCUCAGCCGGGUUGUCCAGCUCACAGGCUUCUCAGAUCCAGUCUACGCCGAAGCCUACGUCAAAGUUCAUCAGUUCGACAUUAUCCUCGACGUGCUGCUAGUGAACCAGACGACCGACACGCUGCAGAAUCUCUCCGUCGAGUUCGCCACGCUCGGUGAUCUCAAGGUUGUGGAGCGGCCAACGAGCCAGAACCUCGGGCCACACGACUUCCACAACGUGCAGUGCACCAUCAAGGUGUCGUCGACCGACACGGGUGUUAUCUUUGGCAAUGUUGUGUACGAAGGCGCUCACUCAACCGACACGCACGUCGUCAUCCUGAACGACCUGCACGUCGACGUCCUUGACUACAUCCAGCCGGCCACGUGUAGCGAGACGCAGUUCCGUACCAUGUGGACCGAAUUUGAGUGGGAGAACAAGGUCAACAUCAACAGCAAGGCCAAGUCGCUGCGGGAUUUCCUCGACCAGCUCAUGGCCUGCACAAACAUGAACUGCUUGACGCCCGACGCCAGCCUCAAGGGCGAUUGCCAGUUCCUCAGCGCGAAUCUCUACGCCAGGAGUGUGUUUGGCGAGGACGCUCUAGCCAAUCUCAGCAUCGAAAAGGAGGGAGAAGACGGCCCCAUCACUGGCUUCCUCAGGAUACGCAGCAGGUCGCAGGGCUUGGCCCUGAGCCUAGGCUCCCUCAAGGGGCUGAGCAAGAUCGGCACAGCUGCUUAA